AUGGACGAGCGCCGACGUCGUCCUCACCCACAACCACUUGCACGCCGUAACGAGCCAGUACCGCCAACAAUGCUCGGAUUUGUAGGACUCUCGGACGACAACAAGGAGCGCAUCUCCAAGGCCAUCGAGGUCGCAAAGACCAUCGUUCACUACGGCUGGAUCCCCACCAUCCUCUUUGUCGCAUACCGUGCGUCAAACCCCCGGCCGCCCUUGAUGAGGCUUAUCUCUCCUCUGGCUUGA